AUGUCGUCAACCUGGAAAACCAUUGGUCUUUAUGAACUCGGAAUGGGAAGGAUCCACGAAAUCAACGGGAAUGGUCUCCAAGGAUUCGACAGUGUUGAACUGGACAACUUCACGAUAGAGGGUCAGGCGAUUACCGCCUAUGCCUCACCCGGUUUCUGGAUCGGUCAGAUGGGACUAUCGUCGUUGCCACUGAACUUCUCAGAGACAAUCGGCUCGCCAUCUCUGAUUUCAGCCCUCAAAGAUGAGGGUCAUAUACCCAGUCUAGCGUAUGGAUACCAAGCUGGUGCCUCGUAUCGCAAAACCAGAAUACCCGCCAGUCUCGUUCUCGGAGGAUACGACCUGUCACGCUCGUCAGAACCCUUGACGGUCGACAUCAAUUCCGAUCUGUCCAGAGCUCUUACAGUCGGGCUCCAGGAUGUCAUAGUGACCGAUUCGCUGAACGGAACACUUUCGAUGGUUGAUAACGAACGGAUACUAGCCCCGAUCGAUUCGUCUAUUCCAGACAUGUGGCUCCCCAAAUCUGUUUGCGACCGCUUCGAAUCUGCAUUUGGCCUGGAGUAUCAUGAAAGGUCUGGGAGGUAUGUCCUCACAGAUUCGGCCAGGGAUCGACUACGGGAACUCAAUCCCACCUUAGCGUUCACCAUCGGUACCAACGCCGUCACGGGUGGCAACACUACCAUAGUCCAACUUCCAUACGCGGCCUUCGACUUGCAGGCAGGGUAUCCAAUCUUUGCGAAUGCGACGAACUAUUUCCCGAUUCGAAGAGCUGAUAACGAAAGCCAGUACGCCAUCGGCAGGGCGUUCCUACAAGAAGCAUAUAUCGGCGUUGACUUCGAGGCUGGCAUAUUCAAUGUCAGCGCAGCAAAAUGGGACGACGUAAAGCCUGACAUUGUAACGAUCUCAGGUAAGGAUAGUGAUACCGGGGUGGCUAAGGAGCCAGGCCUCUCGGGUGGUAUGAUAGCUGGGAUCGUCAUUGGCUGCAUGGCAGCGAUAUUGAUUUGCGCAUUGUGCAUAUGGGUUCUGGUACGGAGAUCCAGGCGGAUGCGGGAGCCAGAUACAGCGCUGGCAGCUGACAAGGGAGCGCACGACGCGCUGUAUUCAACUCCACAGUUGGCAGGUAUGGCUUUCCACGAGCUCCCCGCUAAACACGGCGAUAGCGAACUUUGGGAGGCAGAAAUGGUACCUGAACUGGGUAGUCAGGAGUGUGCGCACGAAUUGCAUCCGGACUGCGUUCGAUGA